UGACAGUAAACUUUCUGUGUGUACAGGUUAAUGUGCUGUGUGAACUUACCUACCAGUUUUUGUACUGCGUAUUUAGCUUUUUUCUUUUUUUUUGUAGUACAGUUUUCUUUUUUUCUCUGUGUUUAAGGUUAUUUGUGGACACUAAUAAGCACUUUUACUAUUUUUGAACAAAGUUGUACUCAUUUCUGCUAUCUUCAGUCUGAUCAAUGGCUGAAAUGAUGAGUACUUAUCGUAUACUGCAGGAUGUCUGUGAAUACUUGGGAAAGCCAAGCUCUGUGCUUCUGGGACUCGGUGCCCUUUAUAUCUGCUUCUACUGGAGAUGGGUGCCAAAGAGACCUCUUCUUGUAACUAGCAAACAUUUUUCUUCAUUUCUGGAAAAGAACUGCCCUAUAGUUAAGGAAAAAUACUAUCCAACACUUUGGUGUGUGGAAGGCCAUCUGCAAACGUUGGUACGACCAUUAAUGAAGUCACGGCCAAGAGUCACCUAUAGAAAUGAGCGGAUCCGAACACCAGAUGGAGGGCAGAUCGCACUAGACUGGUUGGAUAAUAUUUGCAGCCACCAGUAUGUAGAUUCCUCUUUAAGACCUACAGUACUGAUCCUACCAGGACUAACUGGGACCAGCAAUGAGACAUAUGUGCUGCAUUUAGUGCAAGAAGUUGCAUUUAAGGCCUACAGUGAGCGGAUCCGAACACCAGAUGGAGGGCAGAUCGCACUAGACUGGUUGGAUAAUGUUUGCAGCCACCAGUAUGUAGAUUCCUCUUUAAGACCUACAGUACUGAUCCUACCAGGACUAACUGGGACCAGCAAUGAGACAUAUGUGCUGCACUUAGUGCAAGAAGUUGCAUUUAAGGCCUACAGGGCUGUUGUUUUUAAUAACAGAGGAUUUGGAGGUGCAGAGCUGCUGACUCCACGUACCUUUUGUGCUGCCAGUACAGAAGAUCUAGAAACUGUGAUCCAACACAUAAAGACACAGUAUCCUCAAGCACCUUUGAUGGCUGUGGGUGUCUCCAUGGGCGGGAUGAUUCUGUUAAACUAUCUUGCAAAAAAAGGAACAAAGUCAAACCUUCUAGCUGCAUUAACAUUGUCUGUCUGCUGGAAUAAUACAGAGUCUACUGUUUCAUUGGAGAAACCCCUGAACCAUUUACUGUUCAACUCUUAUCUCACAUCCAAUUUAUGCAGCAUCAUUAACAGGCACCGCAAAGCAGUGGAGUCAAAAGUGGAUGUAGAUUUUGUAAUGAAGGCUCAGACAAUUCGAGAGUUUGAUGAACGAUGCACCUGUGUUAUAUUUGGGUAUAAAUCUUGGCAGGAGUACUACCAUGAUGCCAGCCCAUACUAUAAGCUCUCUGAUAUGCAUGUUCCUGUUCUGUGUCUGAAUGCUGCAGAUGAUCCCUUUGCCCCCUUCCACACAAUACCAUUUGAUACAGUGAGGGCUCAUCCUAACAUUGCCUUACUUGUGACAUCACAUGGUGGCCAUAUUGGUUUCUUAGAGGGCAUGUUUCCACGACACAGGAACUACAUGGACCGAGUACUUGCACAGUUUAUUACAGCAGUUUUUGAACACAGGGAUGAGUUGGAAGAUGUCUGCAAACACAUCUUAAGAUGACCCUGGAAAACACCUGUCACUCUCAUCAGCAGGAUAAAGUUGUUCAGGAGAACAUUCUAUUUAACUGAUAAACUUGUGUAUACAUUUUUAUUUGAAAAUGACUACAAAACAGUGUCAGAUAUGAGUAGUCUGUCUAACUGAACCUUUGCAAAAAAAGACUGCCACAAAGGCAAGGGAUUCCAUUUAUAGCCUGAGCACAUGGGCCCUCAUCACAUUUGGGUCGCACGAAAUAUCGGUUUAUUAUUCGUAUCUGAAUCUAAAAGAUGUCCACAAGACCAUGGUUAGAUCUGUAUGCACCUGUUUCCCAAGUAUAUAAUCAAAAAUGGUUGCUUUUUUUUUUCAAAUAUAUUCUUUGAUUUUGUCAGUGAAUGACAACUUACAUUUAAGUUUGAGUCCCUUCUUGAAACAAAGACCUGAUGGAACUUCUACUGAGUUCAUGAUUCAUAAAUUAUAAGGCAGGGUAAUGCUGUCAUCAUUUCUUGUAUGUACAUUUUAUGGAAAACAAAUAUAGUGAAAUGUUAUUAAUAUAUGACUGUCUCUUUGUCACUGUCUUACUUCUUUUGUGUAUGUAUAAUAUAAUGAGGUUCUAAAGGGUAAUCUGCAUUCUACUUAACAGUCACAAUGAGAAUACUACAUUCUUCUGAAUUAGAUUAAAAGAGUCUGUGGCAUAAUCUCUCACUUCUUGUAUGAAAUCCCAAAGAAGUCUAAGAAUGAUUGCUGAUACUGCAAGUUGCACUUUCCUUUCUAAUUAACUCUAGUAUUGUUCCAGAUGCUACAUACAACACUAUGAAUAUGAUGUUCUUUUGCAAAUAGUAUUUAAUACCCCAUAAGAGUAUGAUAAUUUGUACAGUUUAUUUCAGCAUCCAUCUCAAACUGCAUUGCAUAUUUUAGACCUCAAGGUGUAAACUCAUAACC